GGAUCUGCGGGAAUGUGGGCUGGAGUGGUCCUGCCACGGUACCAGUCUCCAGCCCGCCGUCGGGACUGCCCCUGACCCAGGCGCGCCCGCUGCUCGGUGGCAGGAGGGCCGGCGGAGCGCCAUGGCCUGCAUCCUGAAGCCUUUGCAAUUGGACUGUGACCUUUGCGCCAUAGUGUCAAACUCAGGUCAGAUGGUUGGACAGAAGGUGGGAAGCGAGAUAGAUCGAUCUUCCUGCAUUUGGAGAAUGAACAAUGCCCCCACUAAGGGUUAUGAAGAAGAUGUUGGCCGCAUGACGAUGAUUCGAGUUGUGUCCCAUACCAGUGUUCCUCUUUUGCUAAAAAAUCCUGAUUAUUUUUUUAAAGAAGCAAACACUACUAUUUAUGUUAUUUGGGGCCCUUUCCGCAAUAUGAGGAAAGAUGGCAAUGGCAUCGUUUACAACAUGCUGAAAAAGACGGUUGAUGUUUAUCCAAAUGCCCAAAUUUAUGUGACCACCGAGAAGCGCAUGAGCUACUGUGAUGGAAUUUUUAAGAAGGAAACUGGGAAAGAUAGGACAGAAGGUUAUAGAAAAGUCCCCUAUCAUUACUAUGAACAAGGAAGAGAUGAGUGUGAUGAAUAUUUUCUUCAUGAACAUGCCCCAUAUGGGGGACACAGGUUUAUUACUGAAAAGAAAGUGUUUGCUAAAUGGGCCAAGAAACACAGAAUAAUAUUUACACAUCCAAACUGGACAGUGUCUUGAUGUUGGAUUUUCUGACCCUGCCACAUCACUUGUUCUGAUCGUGAUAUAACAAUUGUGAUGCUGGUGAUGCCAAUGACCAUGAUGGUGAUGAUAAAGAAGACAGCAAUGAUGCUCAAGUCCCUGUGCAUUCUCCAAUAUGGAUGGUGACUCUGCUAGAAAUUUGAACCUGGUGGGAUUCCGUGGAGGGUGGUUGUACACAUUAUGUUCUUUCUGAAGGUUCAACACUACAUACUGCACUUUAUAAUUUAACUGGAAUUGAAAUGAA